AUGAAGCUGACACUCGUCCUUCUGCUCCUCGCCCUGACAUGCUGCUCCUCGGAUGAAAUCGCAAAGGUAGUUGUUUUUCUCUCUCUUGCAGGCACAGAAGCAGAUAGCUGCCCCCCAGACUGGAUCAAUUUUCAGAGUCAUUGCUAUUCAUUAAAGAAAAUUGCACGGAAUUGGAAUGCUGCAGAGGCAGACUGCCAAACGCAUGGGUCUGAGAGCCACCUGGCCUCCAUCCGUAGCGAGAAAGAGAACGCAUUUGGCUCUUUUAUAGCAGGAGAAAAUGAUCCCGGAUUUCCUGUCUGGAUUGGACUGUUCAGUUUCAAAGGUGGGGGAAGAUCAUACGUAAGAUGGACUGAUAACACCAAUGUUGACUACACCGCUUGGGCAGAUGGAGACCCAGGCAAGAGAGGAUAUUGUGUCGAGAUAUCUGCGGAUGUGUCCCUGGCUCGCCUAGCUGAAGACUACAAGGCGUGA